CAGGAGAUGCGUUCCUCACCUUGCCAGUGUAGUUCAAAAUCCACUGCGUGCGAAUCAUACAGCAAUCCCUAUGGCCCAGCACUAGAUAUGGAAUCCCAACCCAGCAUUCGGAACAGAUAGGGAUUCUUUUGUUACCUCAGCCUGGCUACUGUCAGCCUGGCGUAGUUUCCGCAGCCGUAGCGCUCUGUACUAGGCAAGAGCCUGGCCAGGCGGAUCUUACCCCGUGUUCAGUCGAGGUAGUUCGAGACCUGUCUAACGAUUCCAGAUCGCAGACGCUGAUGCUUUAGUCGAGUAUCCGGUUGCGUGAGGUGGGAGAUUCGUGGCUUCGCGGGGUUCGUGAAGCUGCUUCAGCCAAUCACUCUCGGGUUCGAGUUAAUCUCUCUACCAGCCAGACUUUAAGUCUCGACCCGUCGAUUCGCCAGGAUGCGGACUGUGUUUAGUCCUUAGACCGCGGUUCAUUCCAUCGCACUGUAGCUUGUUAUUGUAGGAAAGGAGACGUCGCAUCCGGCAUUCCUGGUUAGCGGCGAUCGUACGAUCAGUGCUUGCAGAAUCGAGUGAUUCUAGGGCUGGUGAUUACAGGGUCGUUGAUUAUAGGGUCGGUGAUUGUAGUGUCGGCGAUUGUAAGGUCGGUGACUGUAUCGAAGCGAGGCGAUGGAGAGCCUCGCACAGCUGGAGGGCCUAUGCGAGCGGCUGUACAACUCGCAGGAUCCGGCGGAGCGGUCGCACGCGGAGCAAACCUUGCUGUGCUUCUCGACGAGCACCGAGUACAUCUCUCAGUGCCAAUACAUCCUCGAUAACUCCUCCUCACCCUACGCGCAAGUGCUCGCGAGCUCCAGCCUCGUGAAGCAGGUCACGGACCACACGCUGCCCGUGCAACUGCGACUCGAUAUACGCAACUACAUAGUCUCCUUCCUGGCCACCAAGGGUCCCAAGGCGCAGUCCUUUGUGACGGCGUCUCUGGUGCAGCUGCUGUGCCGGAUUUCCAAGCUCGGGUGGUACGACGACGAGCGGUUCCGAGACAUCGUGGACGAAUGCACCAAGUUCCUCGCUCAGGGCACGGCAGAGCAUUUCUUUCUCGGGCUCAAAAUCUUCAACCAACUGGUGGCAGAAAUGAACCAGCCUAGCCCAGGCCGGUCGCUGACCUUCCACCGCAAGACAGCCUGCUCCUUUCGAGACCUGGCUCUCUUUGCCAUCUUCCAGAUCUCCCUCACCUCCCUCCGACAGCUGCAGUCAGACGCUGACGACAAGCUAAGGGCUGAGGCAGUGUCCCUGGCGCUGCGCUGCCUGUCCUUUGACUUCGUGGGGACGUCCUUGGACGAGAGCUCAGAGGAGCUGGGAACUAUCCAGGUGCCUUCCUCGUGGCGGGCAGUGCUGGAGGACACAAGCACCAUGCAGCUCUUCUUUGACUACUAUGCUGCCACCAAGCCACCGCUCUCCAACCAGGCCCUGGAGUGCCUGGUCCGGCUGGCUUCGGUCCGCCGCUCUCUCUUCACAGGAGAGGCCGAGCGCCUCAAGUUCCUCUCGCACCUCGUGAACGGAUCGAGAGAGAUCCUGCGCUCCAAGCAGGGCCUGUCGGAGCACGAGAACUACCACGAGUACUGCCGCCUGCUGGGGCGGCUCAAGACGAACUACCAGCUGGCGGAGCUGGUGAAUGCGGAUAACUACGCGGAGUGGGUGCAGCUGGUGGCUGAAUUCACAAUCACCUCGCUCCAGUCCUGGCAGUGGGCGAGUGGCAGUGUGUACUUCCUACUGGGCCUCUGGUCGCGCCUGGUGUCCUCCAUGGCGUACACCAAGAGCGACUGCCCCAGCCUGCUUGACAACUUCGUGCCGCAGAUCACAGAGGCGUACAUCACAUCCCGACUUGAUUCUGUCCAGGCUGUGCUUCAGAACAACCUAUCAGAGGACCCGCUGGACAAUGACGAGCAGCUACAAGAUCAGCUCGACAACCUCCCCUACCUCUGCCGGUUCCAGUUCGACCGCACCAGCAAGUUCAUCAUCAGCCAUUUAGAGCCUGUCAUGCAAUCAUACACUGAAGCAGCUCGGUGGCAGCCGGCUGUAGCGGCGAGCAGCAGCAGCCAGGCGGCGCUACAGGUGAUGGAGAGCCAGCUGACCUGGAUCGUGCACAUCAUAGGCGCCAUUGUCAGAGGGCGGCUCAGCUCCAGCACUGGCGAGUCCCAGGAGCUGAUCGACGGGGAGCUAGCAGCGCGAGUGUUCCAACUCAUCCAAGUCACGGACACAGGGCUACACGCACAGCGCUACGUGGAGCGCAGCAAGCAGCGCCUGGACCUCGCGGUACUCGCCUUCUUCCAGAACUUUCGCCGCGUCUACGUGGGCGACCAGGCCAUGCACGCCUCCAAGAUCCUCUACGCGCGCCUAGCAGACUUGUUGGGGUUGCAAGACCAUCUCAUGGUGCUGAACGUCAUUGUGGCCAAGAUUGCCACCAACCUCAAGUGCUACACCAAGAGCGAGGAUGUCAUCGAGCAAACACUGAACCUGUUCCAAGAGCUUGCAGGAGGCUACAUGAGCGGCAAGUUGCUAUUGAAACUGGACUCUGUCAAUUUCGUCCUUGCAAACCACACGAGCGAGCACUUUCCAUUCUUGGACGAGCCGAGCAGUACGCGCAACCGCACCAUAUUCUACUUCACGCUCACACGCCUCCUCUUCAUGGAGGACUCGCCUCAGAAGUUCAAGGCCUUCGUCGCCCCUCUCCAGCUGGUGUUUGUGAAGCUGGAGUCGAUGCCAGACGCAUCCUUCCGCACAGAGCCGGUCAAGUUCGCCCUUAUUGGCCUUUUCAGAGAUCUGAGAGGAAUCACCAUGGCCACCAACAGCCGGCGCACCUUUGGUCUGCUGUUUGACUGGCUCUACCCCGCCCACAUGCCUCUCAUUCUGCGGACUGCCCAGUUCUGGUCCGACACCCCUGCAGUCACCACUCCCCUCUUGAAGUUCGUAGCAGAAUUUGUGGUGAAUAAAACGCAGCGACUCACCUUUGACUCGUCCUCACCCAACGGCAUCCUACUUUUCCGGGAAGCUUCCAAGCUGGUGGUGGCGUAUGGCAAGCACGCCCUGGCCAUGCCCACGGGCCCACACCCCUACACGACCAAAUACAAGGGGAUAUGGAUCGCCCUUACGGUACUCACAAGAGCACUAGCCGGCAACUACGUCAACUUUGGAGUCAUGGAGCUGUAUGGGGACACUGCUCUGCCCGAUGCACUCGACGUGGCACUCAAGCUCUGCCUCUCGAUCCCCCUGCCUGAGAUCAUGGCGUUUAGAAAGCUGGCCCGCGCGUAUUUCGCCUUUCUGGAGGUGCUCUGCCACAACCACACCCUCGUUAUUGUCAACUUACCUACCGCCACCUUCAGUCACGUAGUGGGAUCGCUGGAUACGGGGCUCAAGUGCUUGGAUGUGUCUAUCUCGUCGCAGUGCGCCUCAGCAGUGGACAACCUCGCAGCCUACUACUUCAACAACGUGACUGCAGGGGACGCGCCCUCCUCUCCUGCUGCGCUCACCAUCGCCCAGCACCUGGCGGAGUGCCCCACACUCUUCCCAGAGAUCCUCAAGACGCUGUUCGAGAUCGUCCUAUUCGAGGACUGCGCCAAUCAGUGGAGCCUCAGCAGGCCCAUGCUGUCGCUCAUUCUCGUCAACGAGCAGCUCUUCAACGACCUCAAGCUGCAAAUACUCUCCUCGCAACCCUCUGACCAGCGGGCGCGCAUAGCCGAGUGCUUUGACAAGCUCAUGGCGGAUGUGGGGCGGAACCUGGACCCCAAAAACCGAGACAAGUUCACGCAAAAUCUCACGAUUUUCCGGCACGACUUCCGUGCCAAGUGAGGCAUGGUGCGAUACGACUUACAUGCCAAGUGAGGCCUGAUACGACUCGACUUCCGGGCCAAGUGACAUGAGCCUGGUACCAUGGAGCGCUCAUGAGUCAUGGCACGGGUACCUGCAGUGGUGUACUCUUCAUACCUUCUACAGAAUUGGAGCUGCUAGCUAACCCGAGUAUUCGUCUGGCAGCAUUUCCAUGCCAAGUGCGCCUGAUGUGGCACUCACGGCCUGGCAUGGUGCACCGUGCACUGCACUCCCCCUGCACUCCCCCCGGCAUGGUGCACGAUGCACUGCACCUGCAGCUUAUUCUUCAGAAGCCUACAGUAACGAAUGAAUGAAGCGAACUGCUAACUAUUGUCCGGCAGCACUUCUGAGCCAACUGAGCUGGUACCAGCUCGUAACAUGCACAACACCAACGGUAAGCACAACACGACACCCCAAGACAAGUGGUAGUAGAAAUAUCACAAGUUACAGAGCUUGAAUGCAUACAAAAUUGUCAGCUCUAACUAAGUGCAAGCACUGGACUGGAAGUCCACAGAAAGUUUUGGAGUGUGCUAGUGUAAUCUAAACUAUCGAGACUCU